CCGCCCGAGGCGCUUGCUGAGGGCUCGGCCGCGAGCGAACGAACGAUCGAACCAGCGAACGAACAGGGCGAAGGCAGGAGCCGAGCGGCCUGAGCGAGUAAGCGAAGCCCGGCGGGGGCGACGCGACGCGGCUGAGCACGCGCCGCUCAGCCCGCUGUCCACACUCGGGGCCGCGCGCGCCGCGCCAGGACGCUGCUGUUACUGGAGGUGCCUGACAGAAAGUAACCCUGAUUGUUUCCUUGAGCCCGGGUCAUUUGUCCAUCUCAGCCCCCUGGAACCUCCUGGAACCCCCAGGUGAGGCUCUGCAUCACUGCAGCCAUGGGGUCCGAGGACCACAGUGCCCAGAACCCCAGCUGCAAAAUCAUGACCUUCCGCCCCACCAUGGACGAGUUCAGAGACUUCAACAGAUAUGUGGCCUACAUCGAGUCACAAGGUGCACACCGCGCAGGUCUAGCCAAGAUCAUCCCACCCAAGGAAUGGAAGCCACGGCAGACGUAUGACGACAUUGAUGAUGUAGUCAUCCCAGCACCUAUACAGCAGGUGGUGACGGGCCAGUCGGGGCUUUUCACACAGUAUAACAUCCAGAAGAAGGCCAUGACCGUGGGCGAAUACCGCCGCCUGGCCAACAGUGAGAAGUACUGCACUCCACGCCAUCAGGACUUUGACGACCUGGAACGAAAAUACUGGAAGAACUUGACCUUUGUCUCACCCAUCUAUGGGGCCGACAUCAGUGGCUCACUAUAUGAUGAAGAUGUGGCUCAGUGGAACAUCGGAAACCUGAGGACCAUCCUGGAUAUGGUGGAGCGUGAGUGUGGCACCAUCAUCGAGGGAGUGAACACACCCUACCUGUACUUCGGCAUGUGGAAGACCACUUUUGCCUGGCAUACAGAAGACAUGGACCUAUACAGCAUCAACUACCUGCACUUUGGCGAGCCUAAGUCCUGGUACGCCAUCCCACCGGAACACGGCAAGCGCCUGGAGCGCCUGGCCAUAGGCUUCUUCCCUGGGAGCUCACAGGGCUGCGAUGCUUUCCUGAGGCACAAGAUGACACUCAUCUCGCCCAUCAUCCUGAAGAAGUAUGGCAUCCCCUUCAGCCGGAUCACACAGGAAGCCGGGGAGUUCAUGAUCACAUUCCCCUAUGGUUACCAUGCGGGCUUCAACCACGGCUUCAACUGUGCUGAGUCCACCAACUUUGCCACACUACGCUGGAUCGACUAUGGCAAAGUGGCCACCCAGUGCACAUGUCGCAAGGACAUGGUCAAGAUCUCCAUGGACGUGUUUGUACGCAUCCUGCAGCCUGAACGCUAUGAGCAGUGGAAGCAGGGCCGCGACCUCACUGUGCUGGACCACACUCGGCCCACGGCCCUGAGCAGCCCUGAGCUGAGCUCCUGGAGCGCCUCCCGUGCCUCACUGAAGGCCAAGCUCUUGCGCAGACAAAUUAGUGUGAAGGAGAGCAGACCCUGGAGAAAGGCUGAGGAGGAGAGGAGGCCGAGUCUAGAGAGGAGGCGGGAGCCAACCAGGAGGCCAGGGCCGGCGUCACACCGGAGACGGAGCCAGCCUAAGAAGUCCAAGCCUGAAGACUCCAAGUCUCCUGGGGAGGCGGCCACCAGAGUGGCUGGUCUGGAUGAGGCUGGGGGCUGUUCCCGGGAGGAGGCCACACCUGAGGACGAGGAAGAGGAUGAAGAACUAUUGCCCUCACAGGGCCACGAGGUUGAGGGCAUGGAAGAGGAUGGCAGAGGCAAGCCCCGGCCAACCAAGGCCCGGAGCAAGAAGAAGACCCCCAACCCCCUGUCACCCCCAUUGCCACCCACCCUACCAGCUCUAUUACCCCCUGAGGAGGUGCUGAGGCCACCACCCCCACCCAAGUCUCCGGUGCCAGCCAUGGGCCCCAUGGCUGCAGAGGGGGGUCCUCCAUCAGCACCUCUCAAUGUGGUGCCUCCUGGGGCACCAGGUGAGGAGGCAGAGGUGCGGCCACGGCCCAUCAUCCCUAUGCUAUAUGUGCUUCCCCGGAACAACACUGCUGAUGGGGACAGAGAGCGCACUACCCACCCACAGCUGGCACCCAUGGAACUGGGACCAGAAGAGGAAAGCCAGGCCCAAGCCAGUGAUGCACAGGCACCAUCCUCCUUCUCUAAGCUGAAGGUGGAAAUCAAAAAAAGCCGGCGUCACCCCUUGGGUCGGCCACCCACACGGUCCCCGCUGUCUGUGGUCAAGCAGGAGGCUUCGAGUGAUGAAGAAGCCUUCCCAUUCUCAGGAGAAGACGAUGUGAGUGAUCCCGAGGCCUUGAAGUCCCUGCUGUCACUGCAGUGGAAGAACAAGGCAGCCAGCUUCCAAGCUGAGAGGAAGUUCAAUGCUGCAGCUGCCCUCAAUGAGCCCUACUGCGCCAUCUGUACCCUUUUCUACCCCUAUAGCCAGUCAGUACAGACAGAGCGAGAGGUUCCAGCCACUCCAGGGGACGUUGCUGUCCAGCCACCCUCCAAAAGUGGCCAGAGGACACGGCCACUGAUCCCUGAGAUGUGCUUCACUUCAAGUGGGGAGAACACAGAGCCGCUACCGGCCAACUCCUAUGUUGGCGAGGAUGGUACCAGCCCACUCAUUUCCUGUGCCCACUGCUGCCUGCAGGUCCAUGCCAGUUGCUAUGGUGUCCGGCCUGAGCUGGCCAAGGAAGGCUGGACAUGCUCCCGGUGUGCGGCCCAUGCCUGGACUGCGGAAUGCUGUUUGUGCAACCUCCGGGGGGGAGCACUGCAGACAACCACGGAGCACAGGUGGAUUCAUGUGAUUUGCGCCAUUGCAGUCCCCGAGGUACGGUUCCUUAGCGUGAUUGAGCGCAAUCCCGUGGACGUCAGUGCCAUCCCCGAGCAGCGGUGGAAACUGAAGUGUGUGUAUUGCCGCAAGCGUAUGAAGAGGGUGUCUGGCGCCUGCAUCCAGUGCUCCUACGAACACUGCUCCACGUCCUUUCAUGUGACCUGCGCACAUGCUGCUGGCGUCCUCAUGGAACCUGAUGACUGGCCCUACGUGGUGUCCAUCACCUGCCUCAAGCACAGAGCAGGUGGCGCUGGGGGCCAGCUCCUGCGCACGGUGUCCCUGGGCCAGGUCGUCAUCACCAAGAAUCGCAAUGGGCUAUAUUAUCGCUGCCGUGUCAUAGGCACCACUGCGCAGACCUUCUACGAGGUCAACUUCGAUGAUGGCUCCUACAGCGACAACCUGUACCCAGAGAGCAUCACGAGCAGAGAUUGCUUGCGACUAGGGCCGCCUCCCGAGGGUGAACUGGUGGAGCUGCGGUGGACAGACGGCAACCUGUAUAGAGCCAGGUUCAUCUCCUCAGCCACCAGCCUCAUCUACCAGGUAGAAUUUGAGGAUGGGUCUCAGCUGACAGUGAAGCGUGGGGACAUCUUCACCCUGGAAGAAGAGCUGCCCAAGAGGGUGCGGUCCAGGCUGUCACUGAGCACUGGGACACCACAGGAGCCUGGCUUCUCUGGAGAGGAUGUGAAAGCGGCCAAGCGCCCUCGAGUGGCCACCAUGCUGGCCACCACCACCGAGGACACAAGGCACAGCCCCGAAUACCUGGCCUUUGUGGAGAACCUGCUGCAGGCACAGGGCCGACCUGGGGCACCCUUCUAGAUGCUGCCCACUCCUGUCUCCACUGUGGGGCCUACCUGGGUGACAGGACCAGCAGGAUCCAACAUGGCCGGACUCAGGGAGAGGGGCCAGUGUCCCUGGACUGCAGUGACUCCGUGGGACCCGGCCUGGCUGUGCUCUUCUCCUAAAGGUGCUACGGGGCAUCCCAGAGCCUCCUGUGACAGAUGCCAGCCGAGGACACUGGGGCACAGCCCCAACCUGUUUUCUAGAUUUGUGGCUUUAAAAACUGACAGCGGACACGCUGUUUCUCCUCGGAACCAAGAUGCGAGAGGAUAAAAGUUUCGUUCU